AACCAAACAGCCCGCGCACCGUGCUCACAAAAUUGCACGUUUUUAUUUUACUGCACAUUUUGCAUUAUUUUCGAGUUUUUUUCUAGCCGUAUUAUUUAUACACGAUGGAGGACGAUGAGGAAACUUUCGGAGCGACCAUGAGGAUCGCCUCCGAGACCGCGGAAGCUGAGAAGGAGUAUGAAAAAGUCCUUGAACAGCUGAGAGAAGCGGAGGGUCUGAAGUUGUACGCGGACGUGUACACUAAGCUAUAUGACUCUUACUUCAAGUUGAAAGAGGAGAAUGGAGUUCAUUUAGAAGAGAUCUCAUCGCUCAAGAACAGAUUAAAACGCUUUGACGACACUGUGUCGGAAUACCUGAAGGAGAUUUCUGAAGCUAACAAAACUAUAGAAACACUGAGGGCGGACAUCGAGGAGGCGCGAGCGCUGGCUGACGCUAUGCACGCUCGAGAGUUGGCCACCGUCGAGAGCUUGGAGACCAUGAAGAAGACCGUGGCCAGGCUGGAGAAGGAACUGGACGCGAGGAAACGGGCGGGGGACGAUGAUGCCGGAGCAACGUCAGCCGUGAAAGAGAAGGAGAAAUUCGAGAAGGAGAAGGCUAGACUCCAAGGCGAGCUGGACGGCAUUAAGCUGAGACUGACCAACUCUCUGAACUACAUUGAGGAGUUGGAGCAGAAGAUGAACACAGCAGAGGAUAAUAUCGCAAAGCUUGAAGAGUCUUUAGAGGAAGCUGACAACAACGCAGUGCGCCAAAACCGUCUGGUGGACCAUCUUAAAGGGGAGAGCGCGACGCUGAAGCUGGAGGUGGAAACCCGAGGGAAUACGAUUGGCGGCCUUAACGAUAAGCUGUCGAAAGCAGAGAAGACGAUCGACCGCCGCGACCGGCAGCUGCGAGACAUGGGCAACAAACUGGACACAGCCAGGCAGGAGCAGGAAGCGGCGCUGACCAAGGCUGCGACUCUCAGAGACCAGCUUGACAAUACCAAUGCACAGUUCGACAAAACGAAGCAGGCUUUGACUAACACUUCGAGAGAAUUGAGGAACAUGACCGAUGAGGGAACGAGACUGCGAAAUGAGUUGACCAAGAUGAGGAAGGAUGCGGUGCAGCAAACAAAGAGAUACCAGCUUCUGGAGAAAAACAAGGCUGCUGUGGAAUCAGAUCGAGACCGACUGCGACAACAAGUGAGCGUUAUGGAGCGAGAGAUCAUGCUGUCGAAGAAGGCAGCUGAAGCCGACAGAAGGGACAUCGAGAACCUAAACAGGGAGAAGGACAUACUGAACAAGACCUUACAGAAGAUACAGAACGAAGCCCUGGAAAACCUCCACAUGCUAAAUCUCCAGGAGCAGAGACGCAAGCAACUGGAACACGAGCUGGAAAUGAACGCGGCACAGAUCACCAAGCAGCGGCUGCUCAUACGACAACUAGAGAAAGACAAAGACAGAAUGCUGGAAGAGACGAUAGCCCUGAACGAAAAGAUUGACGAAAUAACAGAGGAGGUGCGCCUGCGCAACGCAGACAUCUUGGACUUGAACAAAGCGCUCCGCGACGAGACCAUCAAGGUCCGAAAGCUGUCCGUGGCGCUGGACGCGACCAGAGCCGAGAGGAAUAUGCUGCACAAGAACUAUACCGAAUCUCUGGACGAGAUCCAGGACUUGAAACAGAAACUUAAGAUGCUAGCAUACCAAAUCGAGCAGCUCAAGGAAGACAUCAGCGGCAAGGAAUCAGGGCUGAAGACGUGUGAGGGGGUCCUCUCUAAAUGUCACAAGAAAGUCGAAAUGCUGAGGAGUGAGGUCCAGGCUGGGCUGGUGAAGCUAUCUGAUGCAAGAGCUGACAUCGCUGCGUUGAGGCAGGAGGAGGCUAGGCUCAAUAGGAUCGUGCAGGAAGGCGACACAGCCCGAGCCAAGCUGAUGAAGGAGCUGGAAGGUCUGAUGAACGAGCGCGACGUGGUCGGCGCACAGCUGGUGCGGAGGAACGAUGAGAUAUCCCUGCUCUAUGAGAAGAUAAGGAUCCUGGAGAUCACUCUGCACAGAGGUGAACGCCAAUACGAGCAGCGCGUGGAAGACAUCAGACUUCUACGAUUGGAGAUCAUCAGGCUGAGGAAGGAGAAGAACUUGCUCUCCAAGGGCAUCGAGAACAUGACAGAUCUAAGGCUUGAGGUGUUCAACUUGGAGCGCGAGCUGGGCCGCGAGAGGCUGCGCGUGCGCGCGCUGGAGGAGGCUCUGGAGACGCCGCUCAACGUGCACCGCUGGAGGAAGCUGCAGGGCACCGACCCUGAGAGCGUGCAGCUCACGCAGAAGUUGAGGGUCACCCAGAAGAAGGUGCUGGCUCAGAGCGAAAUGUUGGUACUGAAAGACCGGGAGCUGAAGGAAACCCGCAACCUGUACAACGCCGUCAAGGACAUGCUGGCGUUGCAGCCGAGUCCGGAGAUACAGCAAACUUUGACACGGACGCAGCGGGCAUUGGCACAGAGAACUUCAAAGAUGAAGUGCCUCAUAGCUGAACUAAGCAUGCGAGAGAAACAAGUAGCAGACCUUCGUCUCGAGUUGGACAGAGCCAAUGGUGACUUACACUCGUUCAAACAGCGAUACUACGAGAUGAAGAGAGCAUUGGAUGCAGACGAGGCCAGGAGGCUACGAGUGCCUUCGCCGCAGUCGCAAACUGCAGCCAUGUGAUUGGUGGAAUUAUCGAAAGACUGAGCGAAGGGUUGCCAAAAAUUGGAACAAUGAGAUUGGAACGAUGAGAUAGCUUGCGCUAUUUUUUGCCUUUGCAAGGCGCUCAGCGUCUUUGCAAAAGUAUUGUAUUGUAACGGUUUUUUUAUUAACAAGAUUUUUGACAAAAUUUUGUGCUAGAUUAGUAAUUAAUUACGGCGAAAGAAGUGAACAACUGUCUUCCAUUUGUCGUCACAAUAGUGUCCUUGCCCCAAGAAGUCUGGACUCGUGAUACACGACUGAUAGUUCCACAUUUUGCUGUAGGUACUCUAUUAAAUUACAAAUAAAAAAUAUAAUAUUAAAUUUUAAUAUUUUUGAGAUCCGGCUUGAAGGACCAAACUGUAGGAUCUUGUCUGAAUAUAUAUUAUAAAUAAUUAUACUCGGUAUUUGACAAAGAUUGUUUAUUUAGGGCUGGUAAAUCACGAGAGCAAUACGUUUAAAAGUAACAACAGCUAAAAUGGUGGAUGACAGAAUUUGUUUUCAUAGAAAAGAAACAUCGCGCAGGCGUGAGCUCGUCGUCACAGCGCAUGCGCGUAGACAACUAUUAAAUUGAAUUACUGAACAAAUUAUAUGGAGCUUGUAUAACCGCGGGAUUUUCGUGGCGCGACUCUUUUGUGCUACAUCAGUCCAUUGUACAACUUUCUUUUUAUUCUUGCGCAUACCCCACUGAGUAAAGUGCUUAGAAGACGAGUAAACAGAUUACUUACUAAACCAUGAGAUUAAACAAAGGUUAGUGAUUUAAACACGCAUGUAGAUUAAGACACAUUCGACAGGUUUCUUUUUCAUAAGAAUAAAUUAUUAGUUCCUCCACCAGACUUUAUUUACCACAUGGAAAUUUAUAUAAUGAUAGAACAACCUAUGAAAUUCGUAAUGCAUAAUGAGAUUUUGCGCUAUGAGAUUUCCAUGAGCUGACGAAUAAGUACGAGUACAUUACAUUGUUCUUCUAUUUUGA